AUGGGGGACCCGCUGAGCAAAGAGAAGGGGGAACAGCUGGACACCAGCAAGAAGAGAAGUCUGAUUGGCCACACGCUGGCCUCAGCCAGCACCCCGCUGUCUACCCUGGCCCACUGCAAACGACCUUUCCAGCAGAGUCCCUACUUCUCCGGAGGCUGUGAGGCUCUGUUCCUUCGGAAACAGCAUUGUGUGGGGGUCCCCAUGAAGCUCCUGGCUUUCCUGAGCCUGCUGGCCCUGGUGCUGCUAGAAGCAGGGACAGCUUCUCCCCCAAAGGGGAGGAAGAGGAGAGACCCGACGAACGAGGAAGGAGAUUCUUACGCGGUCCUGAAUCUGGGGAACUACGUCCCUGACCUGGACAACUACGAUGAGGUCAUUGACCUGAGCGACUAUGAAGGGCUCAUGGACUAUGGGGACCAGCUCCCCGAGGUCAAAGCGGGAUCCAGCCUGGGUCCUCCAACCAGGAUCGGUUCCACUCAGAGCACGGUGAAUCCAAGGACACUCUCGUCCAAGCCCACCAUGACCAAGCCUACUAUGCUGGGCCUCCCAGGCUCCCCAAGCAGCCACGCUGAGCCAGGCCUGCCUACCUGUCUGGUAUGCGUGUGCCUUGGUUCCUCCGUGUACUGUGACGAUACUGACCUGGAGAGCAUCCCGCCUCUCCCCAAGACAACCACUUACCUGUACGCCCGCUUCAACCGCAUCAGCCGGAUCCGAGCUGGAGACUUCAAAGGGCUGACAAAACUGAAGAAGAUCGACCUUUCCAGCAAUUCCAUCUCCUCCAUUGAUGAUGAUGCCCUCCGCCUGCUGCCUGCCCUGCGGGACCUGAUCCUCCCAGAGAACCAGCUGGCGGCUCUGCCCGUGCUGCCCGCUGGCAUCGAGGUCCUGGACGUCCGCCUGAACCGGCUCCAGAGCUCCGGAAUACAGCCCGAAGCCUUCAGGGGGCUAGAGAAGCUGCAGUUCCUCUACCUGGCUGACAACUUGCUGGACUCCAUCCCCGGGCCCCUGCCCCCCAGCCUGCGAUCACUGCACCUGCAGAAUAACAUGAUAGAGACCAUGCAGAAAGACGCCUUCUGUGACACUGAGGAGCACAAACACAGCCGGAGGCGGCUGGAAGACAUCCGCCUAGACGGCAAUCCCAUCAACCUGGGCUUCUUCCCCAGCGCCUACUUCUGCCUGCCUCGCCUCCCCACCGGCCGCUGCUGCUAG